CUGCGCCAGGAGCGGUCGGCCGAACGCCCAUGUCCUCCCUGGCGUCGCCGCUCCGGGUGCCGCUCCCGGAGCCCCUGCGCGCCACGCCGGGGGACGGCGCCGCCCCGGGCAAGCUCGACGACGACCUGCUGGCGUUACCACCUCUGCGUCCUCCUGGCCUAGAGGUUGUAGAUGAAGAGCCAUCGCCGCUCGGAUUGUCAAGGCUCGGCCGGCUCCCCGGCGCCCCCUCGCCCGCUGCGGCGGCGGCCUUGGAGCCGCGGAAGCCCGCGGCGCAGCCUGAGGGCGCGCUCGCCUCGCUGGGCGCUGCGGACGCCGCACCGCAGGGCAUUACGAUUCAGCCAGCCGUGCUUGGGGGUACCUUCAUCGAAUGGGGCAUCGACGGAUUCUGCAGCAAGUUGCAGAGCAACGGAAGCAGGCCCAUGGUCUCGCCGCCCUUCUCGGCGCUCGGCCUCCCGAACCUGCGCCUCAUGGUGUCGGUGACCGCGCGGGAGCCCGCGAAGAGCGCCCGGAGCCGGGAGCGCAAGGGCGCGGCAAAGUCGGCGGCCGCGCUCAAGCGGGGCCCGCUGCAGGGGGCGCUCAAGCUCAAGGCCGACUGCCUGCAGGGAGCCACGGUGAUGACCUUCUUCCUGUGUGUGGGCCCCUCGAGGACGGGACCCUUCACGUACGACUUCUCGAAGCAGGCUGUGCACGGCCCGGACGAUUUCGGCGUGGACUGGAGGGAGCAGGUCGACUCGCCAAGCGGCACGCUGCGGGUGGGGGUCGAGAUUUUGGAGGUGCGGCGGUGAGGAAGGUUGAGUCCUGUAUUGUGUUGUACAAAUGCCAGUGGUUCGCUACGGCACUGACCGUUUUGGAUAUCACGGCUUGGCUGCAAAAGGAGGAGCACUCCGUUGACAAAUUCGCGGUUCUUUCUUUGCUCUUUCCCCAUGUCCCUUAGUCUCUCUGCCCCCUCUCCUUUCAAUGUCUCGUCCUCGCCGCCAUCCCCCUUGCCAUCCUUCUCUCGAUUCCCAGUUGGCCCUGUCCAGCCCUUUUCCGGUGCUCCUUUUUUGAUUUGCAGAUUGUACAUUUGCAAGCCUCGUCAUUUGGUCAGUGCUGCAAGCGCGAGUUGCAGUUUGCAGUCACGAGCUUUCAGGGGAUCUGGAUGCUCGUCUGCUGUCAACCUGCGGGAGAGAGAGUCUCGCUGGAACGGUGCGCGUCUCUGUCUGAACGGUGUGUUUGCACCGUGAAGGCAGGGUGGGUAGCGGGCAGCGGGGGCGAGGCAGGACUAGGUCGGGAGAUGAAGGGCGCGAGGCACUGCUGGCAGAGCGAAGCCCUGGAAAUUUGAGCCCACUCGUGCUCCGCUUGUCACGCGGAAGUUUAAGCACAACGUUGGGUGGAUCGCAUCCGUAAGCCGUCUGUGCGCAUAAUGAAUGCGAGCAGGGCGAGGUGGGAAAGGAUACGAGGCCGACGCGGAAGCGUCCUUUCUUUCUCCCCCCCCCCUCCACUUCCUCGUGCAGAUGGCCAUCCUUCCCUCCAAUUGCAACUGUUUGUCAGCGUGGGCCCCGAAGGGUGGGUUCUUGCACGCGAUAGUGCAGUUCACCCGCCGCGCAACAUCCGCGCGUGACCACAUAUUCAUGCUCAUGCAGACAGUACCGUUUUUAAUACAUGCUCCGCGUGCGGAUCAUGCAUUACAAAUGCAGGGGUUC